GGAGAGGGCCGGGCGGCGACGUGCGCCUCGGGGCUGGGCCGGCCUGCGGGAUCGCAGCGCAGCGCGGAGGCGAGGCUGGGCCCGGUGGGCGGGAGCCGCGGAGGGCGGAGGGCGGAGGGCGGCGGCGCUGGCAGGAGCGCGGCCCACGGCGGCGAGCAGGCUGCAGGCCCGCGGGGAUCCGGGGCGCGGGGGGCGCCGGGCCUGAUCGCCGCCUCUCGCGGUGCCCGCAGGUCCCCGGGCGCGCAGCUCUCGCCCCGCCGCCGCCUGCCCCGGGCCCCGGAGCGCGGUGGAGAAGCCCCCGGAGGAGCGGGGGGCCCGCGCCCCGCGCCCCCCAGACAUGGUGGGCCACCUGCAUCUGCAGGGCAUGGAGGACAGCCUGAAGGAGCAGGGCCGGGAGGGCUUGCUGGACAGCCCCGACUCCGGGCUGCCCCCCAGCCCCAGCCCCAGCCCGCCCUUCUACUCCCUGGCGCCCGGCAUCCUCGACGCGCGCGCGGGGGGCGCCGGCGCCUCCUCGGAGCCCCCGGGACCCAGCGAGGCCAGAGCGCCCCCCUCCCAACUCCCAAAUCCCCCCGUGUCGGAGAUGAGGCCCCGGAUGCUGCCAGUGUUCUUUGGGGAGAGCAUCAAGGUGAACCCGGAACCCACGCAUGAGGUCCGCUGCAACUCUGAGGUCAAGUACGCCUCAGAGAAGCAUUUCCAGGACAAGGUCUUCUAUGCGCCCGUGCCCACCGUCACGGCCUACAGCGAGACCAUCGUGGCAGCGCCCAACUGCACGUGGCGCAACUACCGCAGCCAGCUGACCCUGGAGCCCCGCCCGCGCGCCCUGCGCUUCCGCAGCACCACCAUCAUCUUCCCCAAGCACGCCAGGAGCUCUUUCCGGACCACCCUGCACUGCAGCCUGGGCCGGCCCAGCCGCUGGUUCACCGCCAGCGUGCAGCUGCAGCUUUGCCAGGACCCUGCCCCCAGCCUCCUGGGCCCUGCCACGCUCUGACGGGGCUGGGGCCGGCCCGGGGUGCUGGAGGAGCCGGGAGCCCUGGGGAGAAGCCGGGAGGAUGGACACGAUGAGCUCGGCCUGGCACUCGGGCAGGAGGCAGGAAGGGAGGCUGCCAGACCAAGGACCCGUGUGGAAGGAGGCGGCUCCCGGCUGCCUGCCCUGACCUACAGGCUAGGUGGUGGUCUCCUUGUUUUGGUGUCAAGGACUCAGUAAAAGCAUCUAUUUUUUUUAGCACUUAAGCUGGCAAGGCAGUAGGGGCAUGCACUGUUAGGUGGUGGCCACCUCCAGGGUCAGGGGAAAAGAAUGGGUCCAUAGCGUGCCCUUGAAGCAGAGAACAGCCCCGAGCAGUGUGAGGACAGAGGCAUCCCAGCCUCAGCCGGUGGGGACGGCUGCCACUCCCCCAGAGCCCUGCCACUCCCCCAGAGCCCUGCCACCCCAUGUGUCCCAGGCUGGUGGCCAAGGCCAUGUGUGAGGGAAGAGGGGUAACUCUCUUCCCUGCUGCUGGCCUGGGGUGUUUCCAAAACAGCCUUUUCGCACACAGGCAGGUUGCACCGAGAGGUCUGGAGCUGUGGCUGAGCCACCUCUGGUGGACGUUGAGACAGGAGGUUGGGCAAAGGCCGGAUGCUGAUGCCAGCGCUGGAGCUGGUUAUAUUGGGGGCGGGGAAGGCCUAGAAAUACUUUGAGCCAUGGCCUUGCCAGUGUCCUGUGCCCUCCAGUGUCGAAGAUUUGGGGUACUGCCCAUCGAAAUGGAAAGGUUGGUGCUCAGCCUUUGGAGCCUCACCUGCAGGGCGUCCCCAGCUAACACCCAUCCACGCACCACCUCCAGGACUAGAACCCUUGAUGUCAAAACCAAGUGCCCAGUGGAGGCGGUGAAGCUCUCGGAAAUGCUGCCACCUGUGUGAGGCUGGGUCUGAACUCGAGGGAGUCGGAGCUCAGCUGUCGAUUUAAAGAGACACUGAGGGGACCGGGCUGCCGCCCUCAGCCUGCUUUCCUGUGCGCAAUCGAUUCCGCAAUGACAGCACCUUACUCCUUCCUGCGGCAGGUUCACCCCUGCCUGUGGGAUGUUGUGAGAGGAACAUGAGCCAGACAAAGACUUGGCUCAGGGCUCCCUGGAACAAGCCAGGAUGCACGGGGAGCUGGGGGAGCCCCCAGCCUGGGGCAGCCCAGCAGGCCGCUGAACAAACACCCCAGAAGCCUGCACUGUGGCAGGGUGCUGGGGAGAUGCCCCUCUGAGCCUUCCUCCCCCCUCAGACCUGAAUGCACCCUGCAGUUGGGGGCUGUCCCUGCCACUCCCCUGGUAACCCAUAAAAGGGGAGGGGAAGGUUCCCUGGGGCUUGAGAUCCCUCUGUGGAGGUGAGGAGGGGAGAUUCCGUUCACAUCCAGGAGGGGCAAAAUGACUGAUGUAUUUUUAUGUAUCUACACAGAGAGUGCAUUUUCUCUCCAGAGAUGCUGUCUGGUUAACAAAGGAAUAACUUAAGAAAUUGAUUAUCUUAAUAAACUGUGCAAACCCAA